CGGUGGGCGGCGGCGGGGGCUGCCUGAUCCCCUGGGUGCCCCGGCUGUACCCCCCCCCGCUGGGCACGGAGCGGGUGCUGGGGGGUCCCCAUGGUGGGGGGACGGCCAGGGCAGCGCGGGAAAGGGAUGCUGGAGGCAGCGUCUGGCCGCAGCGUGCUGGGGGUCCGGCCAAGGAUGCUGCUGGCAGAGUGGGGGUGCUUCCCGGCUUGGCCCAGGGGGUGAAAAGGCAGCGGGACCACCCAAAUCCCCCCUUGACCCCCCACCCCCCGAUCCUGGCAGCUCCCCACGGCUGCGUCCCGGUGUCCCGCUCCGACGUGAUGCAGCCGCCGUUAAUUAUUGAUGCAAAAAGCACUCGCUGAAAAGCUGCUUCGUGCGGCCGUGCCCCCCCCCCCCAGCCCCCCCGCACCAGCGGCCCCCAGCCCCCCACUCCUCCGGCUGCACUUGGUGACCCCCCCCAUGGGCUGUCCCUGCUCCUGGGGUUUAAUCCUGCCCGGUCCUGGGUCCCUCCCCACAGAGAUGCUCCGUGCGGCUGCUGACCCCCUCCUCAACCCCGAGGGGCAACUGCGUUGCCUUUGGGGUCCCUGUUCCCAUGGAUAGGGGUCCCCCUGCUCCCCAGAGACCCCCAUGGCUGGUGAGCAUUGGGGGGGGUCCCCAUCGCUGCGCACCCCUCAGCUCACCCUUGCUCUGCCCUCGGCCAUUUCGCUCCGUGCUGGGUUUUUAUGGGAAAACCCUUCCCGGCUUCAAUCCAACCAGGGCCCCAUCCUGGCUCCCUGCGGCGGGCGCUGCUUCUGCCGGCGGGAAAAAAAGGGUUUGGGGCUGGGGGGGGGAGGUAAAAGCAUCUUCAGAGCCGCGCAGGCACCGGGAGGAAGCCUUUGGAGAGGGGAAUAACCGGGAGCGAUGGAGGACGGACCCCGGCCCGGCUCCUGCUCGGGGUCGGGAACCCGGCGUGGUGAUGCUGGCGCCAUUCCCAGCCAGCGCCAUGCCGGGGGCUUCCUUGUCUUUUUGAAUGGGAUCAUGGCUUGUGCCGGGGACCCAGAGGCACAGAUGAGGGACGAGGGAUGUCGCCUCGGUGGCCGUGAUGUCCCCGCGGGAGAUGAGUUUCCUCCCUCCUUGCUGACGACAGAUGCCGCCGGGGGGCCGGGCACGGCGGUGGGGCGACGGGACGCCACGGCUGAUGGUCCCUCGCCAGACAUAGGCAGCUCUCGGUGGGGCUGCCCGGCUGCCCCCCGUGCCGGGAGACCCCCGGCCCGCCCGGCGCUGUGGCCAUGGAAGGCACGUCGGUGCUGAGCCCCUCCUCAUGGGAGAAGCGGCGCGCGUGGGCCAGGCAGAGCCGGUGCUGGAGGACCACCGUGGUGGAGGAGGAGGCGGCCGCCGCCAUGCAGGACGUCCCCGAGCUGCAGCCGCCCCACCUGGACGACGUCUUCCUCGAAGGAAGCACCUCCAGCAAGAUAGAGACGUGGCUGCAGGAGUGUGGGUCAUCGGUGGAGGUCCCACCAGAGGAGCUGGGCUUGCUGGGCCCCUAUGGGUGCGGGAGCAACGGGACCAGCUUCGAGGAUGACCUGACCCUGGGAGCUGAAGCUCUUCUGCUACCAGGGAGUGACAAGGCCAUGGGCAGAGCUCCGCAGGACAAGCACCUUAACCUGGGGCACAGCAUGGCAUCCAGUGCCCUCUCCAGCCUCACCACCAAGACCAGCUCCAGCAUCUCCGAGGUCCUGGAGUGGUGGCAGGCGGAUGCCGAGGAGAUCCUCUACAACCUGGGCUUUGUGCAGAGCGAGCCGGAGGCCGUCGCCCGCAUCCCCGCGCGCUUCUUCUCGUCUCCCUCCCGUGCCAAGGGCAUCGACUUCCAGCUCUUCCUCAAGGCCCAAGUGCGGCGCAUGGAGAUGGAGGACCCCUGCCUGAUGCUGGCCAGUCGCUUCCAGCAGGUCCAGGCUCUGGCCGCCACAGCCGAUGCUUUCUUCUGCCUCUACUCCUACGUCUCGCGGACCCCCGUGCAGCGCAUCUCCCCCACCCGCUUCGCCUGGGCUUGUCCCGACAUCCCCGACAUCCACAUCGCCCCUGCCCAGCCCAGCACCCUCUCACCCGUGGAGCGCCUGAAGAAGGCUGUGUCCACCAUGUGCCUCUACACGUCCCCGCGGGACGAGGACAGCCCGCGGGGGGCCGGCCGGGCGCCCACCGUGCCCACCAGCCAGCCCAGCGCCCUGGGGAAGGUGGUGCAGGAGGUGCUGGAACGGGCACGGGAGGACCGGUUUCGGUUCGACCCGGCCGAUGUCCUCGAGGGCUGGGAAAGGGAUGGGGGCGCGGGGACGGUGCAGGACGGGCAGGGAGAGAAGCGGGGUCCCCCGGCACCGCCGUCAGUGCGGCUGGCGCGGGGUGUCCCCGCGUGUCCCCGGCAUGGCGGUGCGGAUGCCCCGGCACGCUGCGGAGGGGAGCGGGAGCCGACCCUGAGGCCAGCCCCGGUGGGGACGCCGGCGGGGGCUGCGCGGGGAUGCCCGGAGCGGUCCUGUCCCCAUGGCCAGGGGAGCGGAGAGAGCCCCGCGGGGGCGGCCCGGGGGGCCGGGGGUGCUCUGUGCCCGGUGGGAGCAGGAUGGGUCAGCACGGAGGAGCACCAGCCAGACGCUGCUGUGAAUGUCACCUUGUCCCCGAUGCCAGAUCCCCUGGCCCCCCACGCCAGCCGGGUGUGGGUCACCCCAGAGCACCCAGAGGGGAUGGGAUCCGAGGGGGACUCAGGCUUCAGCUCCGGCCCCUGGGGGACCUCCCCCAGAAGGAAAUCAGGGUCCCAUGGGUGCGACCCCCUGGACCCUGCUUGGGCACAUACCCCCAGCUCUGACACACCAAGAACUGGAGGCCACCGGCCUCGGCGGAGCAGGGGCCGGUGCCGGGGGGGCUCCCUGAGGGAUGCCAGGUGGCAGCAGGGCGAUGCACCGGAGCUGCAGCCCCCUGGGAAGGGCCCCUUGCCCCACCGUCCCAGCUGGCAGGAGCCAGUGGACUCCUUCGAGAUGGAGGAGGUGCUGAGUGCCAGCGAGGAUGAUGAUGACGAUGAUGGUGAUGCCCACGAGGAAGCCAGCCGCUCCCUCCAUCCCUCCGUCGGGGUCCGGAGAAGCUUCAUGCCGCACGCCAGCAGCGUGCAGUCCGACAGCAGCGGCUUCGUGGAGGAGCCGGUGCCCAGCCAGCCGCCCGCUGCCCGGCUCCACGGCACCGGCCAGGCGGCCUGAGGCCACCGCAGAGGGACCUGGGUCCCUGGGUCCCUGGUGACCCAGCACCGGCAGGAGCCACGGCUGGGUGCCGCAUGGACUGUACCGCCUUUCGGACAGGGAGACCACCCUCAGCCGAGGGCUGAGCACCAUGUGUGUGUGUGUGUGUGUGUGUGUGGGUGGGUGGGUGGGUGCACGCGUGGGUGCUCGGCACAGAACACCUUUUGACUCAGGACUUUCGCCCCUCGGGGCACGCGUGUCCCCCCUCCGCCCAGCCCGUGGGCUCUGGGGCCGCGGCUGCACCGGGGACGCCUCCUCUCCCCCGUGCCGGGCUCUCGGGGACGUCGCUGGCGCUUUGGCCACGGUCGGCCGCCCGUGCUGCAGCACCUGUAACACUAGGAUGGGGGUUUGCUGGGCAGAGCCAGCAGCAGGCUGGAAAUAAAGUUCCCAAAGGGA